CCGUUUUAAUUUCCCAAAUUCCAUGAUAAUGUUAUCACACGAUUCAAAACCACAAACAAACAAAAAAGAUCUACGAACACACGUAAUUAUUGCUCGUUGACACUCUUAAGCUUCUGAUGUUCAGAUAUAUAUCACCAAAAUCUCCAAUACAAAGGACAACAAACACAUCAAACAGUAAGCAGUAGAAUAUGAAGUAUGGUCUGUUGAUCAUAAACUGUAUUAUCCUCACUAUAGGAACAUGUGGAGGUCCUUUGUUAACUCGUCUCUACUACAACAAUGGUGGAAAACGAAUCUGGUUCAUGAGCUUCCUAUCAACCGCUGGUUGUCCAAUCAUCCUCAUCCCUCUCUUGUUCUCCUUCCUCAACCGCCGCAACCGCAACAAGGCCGAAAACGUAGCGAAAACAGAGCUUUUCUUAAUGGAAACUCCUCUGUUCAUCGCCUCUAUUGUCAUAGGGCUGCUCAUAGGACUUGACAACUACUUAUACGCUUACGGGUUAGCGUAUCUACAAGUUUCCACUUCAUCCCUCAUAAUCGGAACUCAAUUAGCUUUCAAUGCUCUCUUCGCUUUCUUGCUGGUCAAGCAAAAGUUCACUCCCUUCUCUGUAAACGCAGUCGUAUUGUUGACGGUUGGUACUGGAAUCCUUGCGUUGCACAGCGACGGAGACUUGCCGGCUAACGAGAGCCACAAAGAGUAUGUUGUUGGGUUCUUGAUGACUGUGAUUGCAGCUGUUCUCUAUGCUUUCAUAUUGCCGCUCGUUGAGCUCACUUACAAGAAAGCUCGACAAGAAAUCACUUUCCCACUUGUGCUCGAGAUUCAGAUGGUUAUGUGCCUUUCUGCUACUUGCUUUUGCGUUGUUGGGAUGUUCAUCGUUGGAGAUUUUAAGGUGAUAGCAAAAGAAGCAAGAGAGUUCAAGAUCAGAGGAUCUGCGUUUUACUAUGCACUGAUAGUGAUCACAGGGAUAAUAUGGCAAGGUUUCUUCUUAGGAGCCAUAGGGAUUGUGUUCUGUGCAUCGUCUCUAGCUUCAGGUGUUCUCAUAAGUGUUCUGCUUCCGGUGACAGAGGUCUUAGCCGUCGUUUGUUUCCGGGAGAAGUUUCAAGCUGAGAAAGGUGUCUCUCUCCUUCUCUCUCUGUGGGGAUUCGUAUCUUACUUCUACGGUGAGUUUAAAUCCGGCAAGAUAGUUGUCGACAAACCUCAGCAGACGGAGACAGAGCUGCCUACUACUCUUCCUGCAGUUAGUGAUUCUGUUGCUUAAAAGGUCUUUUUUCCCGCAUUUCUAUAACAUAAGCAUGUGUGAAUGUGCGAUGAGUAUAACUAAAUGGUCUAUAUAAUUUAAGUGUAUAUGUAUGAAUGUAUUUCUCAAAUUAGUACACGUGUAGUAAAGAUAGAAUGAUACAGUGAUGAGUCUACAAACCAAAAAACGAAAGAUAUAAUUUCCUUAAGAUAAACAUUGAGAAAACAGUAUGCAUGCAUCU